AUGAGGGAGGAGAUAGUGCAGCAGAUGCUGCGCAAUCCUGUUUUACAGUCCCGAGUCCACCACGCCAUGGGAUACACGGUGGACAUCCCUGUUCGUGAGGGUUGGACUGUCGGUACACUGUAAGAAUGCCAGGGGCGUCGUAUUACUGAAUGACUAAACAAUCGCCAUCUGUUCAAUAAAUUGAAAAGUCGUUUUCCCAUGCGAAAUAUUUCAUUUUUAAUUUUUCCAAUUUGGUUUCUCAAAUGACCGACAGUUGCGAAUGGAUCGGACGACGAGGUUUGUUUAACAUUGCGUUGUAAGAGGUAGAUCCUAAAACUACCGAUAUUAUUCGACAUCUAACCUGAGUCAAGGACAAUUUGGUCUUUAUAAGAACGCUAUGCUUCCGAGGUAGAUCUGCUCAUUGUCUUCUGAUGUCUACCUUGAUUCCAAUUCCAGAAUUUUUAGCACGACACUUUUUAUGCUUAUUUCGCGAAAUCCACUCGAUCUGCGGCUUAAACACUCAUUCGACUAUUACGAAGUAAACGGUUGUAUCUAAACUGACCAAGAAACAUUGGCACCAGCUGUAGUUGAUACUUUGCGACAUAACAUAUGUGGCAGCUAUGAUACCAUCAGAAAUAUUUUCGCCUUUCAUUACUACAGUUCGAUCAGGUCUAAAAAUUUCCUAGUAUUCUUAAAAAUCCGAGAAAAUUUAUUGAACGCACGUCUCCAUAAAAGGUAGUCGUUUUAUUCUGACAAAUUUUUUUCGCCAGCAGCAGUACUCGCGAAGCAUUUGGACAGAGUUUUUUUUCGAAAACCCCAUCUUCAGACAUCUAAAAUGCAGUAAAUAUACAAAAUUCCGCUCAAAGCUAACAGACAUCAUGGAAGUUUUUCGUGAUGAAAUUAAGACUUAACUGCUUUGGAGUAGCGAAAAUUCUCGUAACGAUAUUCAGAAGACCAAUUGGAGUGCAUACGUUUGCUUCCCAUAAAUUCUCGUUGGGCCAAUACAUUUAUAUGCAAACGGGUCGAAUAAACCAUGUUAGUGACUAGGGUGAUCGAUCAAACUUCGCCUACGAACUUUAAUCGAUUUCUCUAGUCACUGACGUAUUUUACGCAACCCCCUUCUCGUAAUGGCCUGAAGAGAAUUUGUCGGUAGCAAACGUAUGUUCGGCGAUUAGUUUUCUUUUAUUUAACUGUUAAGUAACCCACUAUGUCCUGAAAUGCUUUAAAAAGUACAUAGUUAACAUAUUUUUAGUUAUAUACCCAUGUUCAUUAUCAGUUUACAAAAUGGCCGAGAAAAAAGGCCGUGUUUAAACUGAAGCAACCAAUAGAGGCAUGUAUGUCCCGCACAUUCCGCCUUAAUUUUGACAUGGCCAAGCUUCCUAUGUCAAGCGCCUUGAAGAAAACUGCCAGUUUUGCUUGAAGGAGCAGCACCCUCUCUGAAAAGGGGUUUAACCUUGAAACAAACACCAUUGAAAUAAGUGAAAAGAACCUAGAUACACUCACACAGCAACUGUGGUCUCUACGCAGGAGGUUGGUAAAGCGCACAUACUUGCAAGAAGCUGUUCGGACAGAAGACGGUUAUUUUUCCCCUUCAGUGUGCACUUCGAAGUUUACCAGCCGAAAAACAUUUGCAUGCACAAAUACGUGCACCCAGUGCACUCAGGUGGUCAGCAGAGGUGUAACGUUUACUACCCCCCCCUCCCCCCACCGAUGGCCGGAAAUAGAAAAUCGGCUGCGCCGGACCCGCCUUUGGUGGACGGAACUGUCGCGAGCCGUUGAGAGCGAAAACAGUCAACGCAGAAGAGGAAGAAGCGGGAGAAAAGGACAGCAGAUACUGAUGACAGGAAGGAGGGGCGCAGGAGGGGAGGAAGGCAGUAAAGGAGCAGAUGAGGAAGUCCUGAAAGGGAAGAGUUUUGUAGAAAAAAAGUGUGGGAGUAAGAGGAAGUGGAAGAGUUGGAGGUGUGAGAGAAAAGGAGCGAAAGAGGCGGAACUUUGUAGAAGGGACACGAAGAAUCGGGAAAAACCUAGCAGGAGGACUCACGAAAGAGGGAUAGAUAAUAAUGGCAAGGAACAGGAUGAGGAGAGGGAUGAUGAUUAUGCUAAUGACGACGACGACGACAACAAUGAUGAUGGUGGUGAUGAUAAUGAUGAUGAUGAUGAUGAUGAUGAUGACGACGACGACGAUGAUGAUGAUGAUGAUGAUGAUGAUGAUGAUGAUGAUGAUGAUGAUGAUGAUGAUGAUGAUGAUGAUGAUGAUGAUGAUGAUGAUGAUGAUGAUGAUGAUGAUGAUGAUGAUGAUGAUGAUGAUGGUGAUGAUGAUGAUGAUGAAGGAGCGCUCUCCUAUGGCUAG